GCCAACUUCGAGGAGGGGCCAGUCAGCCAAGAGAUCUUGUUCCGUUCGGGCUGUGACCACUUUAGUACUGAUGCUUCCUUCAUAUUUAGGAUUGGUUCUGGUGGUGGCGUGCCUGAUCGGUUCUUCGGCAGGGCAAGGCCUGUUUCCCGAGAUAGACUCUUCGGAGACCCACGAAGAGAAUGUGACUCCUCUGCAGAUCUUUAAGGUGCCAGAUCGCAAGCAGUGUCCUGAUGGCCAACAGAGGCUCAACGGGAGGUGUCGAACAGUCUUCACUAAUUCUCCUAAAUAACAUGGAGACACCUUCAUAUACCUGACUAAAGUUUCACACUUCUAGUUUAAUUAGGCUGAAAUCUGAGAUUGCAGGGAAGGACUCCUGAUUGAGAAAAAACCUUGGAAUAAUUUUGGAAUUACUACCAAUAAAUAGCAUCAUUAUAUCUUCAACUAACACUAGUAGUUCUGUAACUCUGUCAGGUUUCAUAAAUUCAAGAAUGAUGAUUACUUUGGAUAUGAAUUUGCUUUUAAUUUAGCCUGAUAACAUAUUGAAUUUUAUAUUUUGACGUUUUAAAAAAAAUACCAAAUUCUCUGUUAAUAAAAUAAGUUAUUAAUAACAUUAUUUCAGCUUUAUAAUAACAAAAAAAAAAUAAUCACCUCAAUGACUAUCUGUUUUGUAGAUAAGUCGUGAAAUGAAAAUGUAACUAAUGUAAGAAUUUUAAUAUAUUUAUUACUACAU